AUGCCUCCAACACGAUCAAGGACGUCCUCUCAGGGAGCCAGCCUGAAGUCGUCAUCUUUAUCUUCUGAUUCGAAGGAGGGAUCAGGUGUCCUCCUUGCCGAGGAGCAGCAGCCUAAUCCUACCGGCGAUGGUACAAGUCAGCAGGCUGAUGCGCAAGAGAAUACCCUCGUGCCUGAGCAGCAAGCCGAAGUACAAGGCGAGGCCACAGUGCCCGAGCAGCAACCUGCUGUGCAAGACGAGGUCGUAGCGCCCCAGGAGGCCCCUUUCACUCAUUUCCGCCAACUCUCACAAUCCCAGCAGGAUCAAGCCAACGCGGAACAUGCUAUCGAGGUCAUAUUAUCCUACUUCAUUAUAGACUGGGACGCGUCCAAGCACUGGACAAGUCCAAAUCGCGUAUACAGUUGGCAUGAACCUUUCCAUAAGGACGGCAGACACCCCACUGCCACUUUUACCUACACCUCCAAGGGAGACAUCACCGAAUUCGCCGUGCUCGACGCUUUGGAUGUCGAGAGGGACUCACUAGUCAGAAAAAUGAUACAAAACAGAGACAAGACACACAGCGUCGAGUUGACGUAUCACAUUCUUGUCAAGGCCUUCACGCGGACAGGGAACAGCUAUCUUGACUUUUCGCAGGAGGAUAAGGAUGUGAUCAGAAAGUUCUCGAGGAAGGUGACGAAUGAAGGGAAGCAAACGAUUUCGGACUGGUUCAUUAUCGUUGUUUGCGGAGCGCCUUUUCGGGCAUUUGAGGUGGAACCUGAUCCCUGGUCCGAUGACAGCUUCGUGUCUUGGUUCGAAGGAUGAAGGGGAGUAUUACAACGUGUUGGUGGAAGAUGGGACGAUGCCACGGUCCCCUGCGUCGGCAGAAAUUGGAAUUCAUGGCACUAUACUGGAGGCACCUGAGGAACGAGGUUGCUGAGAUUUGUUAAGAGGUGGUGAGGAGGAACACUUGGACUCACCUUGAUGACAGCGGGUUGUUGGAAUGACUUGAUAAGCAGCGAAGAUUACCAGGG